AUGAUCAGGCAAUUCUUACACGGUGUGCGGAGCAUACGAAGGCCGGACCCUGUGCGCAUCUUCCCCAUCGAGCGUCAGGCGGCCAUACCCCACAUCACUCGGGGGAAGGCACACUUCAGGAGUUCGCCGGCCUGCGGCCAUGCAUAUUCUGGUGCGCGGCCCGUCCUUCUGUUUUUGACUGCCGAAUCUACCCUUCGCGCUUCAAAUAUCGCGCGCUCCUCGCCCCCCCCGGAUAGCUACCUGAGCACGUCCAGCGUCCCGUUGCGACUCAGCCGAGCCGUGCUCAACGCAGCGCCGCCCGAAGCUGCCCUUUCCGUCCCCCAAGCCGCCAAGCUAACACACAUACAGAUAGUCAACGAUGACGGGCCUCCUUCGGCCUCAUCGCCCUAUUUUGCGCCCUUCCUCGCCGCGCUCCACGCCGCUGGUCACACCACCGUUGUCGUCAUCCCUGAUCGCCCUCUGUCCUGGAUCGCAAAGGCCCACCCCGUGGGGAAGACGUUGACAGCGACGCCUUAUCUUCCCAUGGUCUCCGCUCAUGAAGAGCGCCGACCAGCCGACGGCUCUUACGAUCCCACCAAGCAUUGGCUUCUCGUCGAUGGCCCGCCCGCCAGCUGCGUCCAGCUCGGUCUCUUCCACACUGGGUCAGGCUCCGCCUUUGACCUUGUUAUCUCCGGCCCCAACCAUGGGCGAAACUCGGGCGCGCUGCACACAUUGAGCAGCGGCACUGUCGGUGGUGCUCUCGAGGCUGCUCUUUGUGGCCGCCGGGCGAUCGCCCUGAGCUUUGGCAGCAAGGAGGUGCAGCCCGACAGGCGUACUGCCGACGCCUGCUUGCGGUCGUGCGCACUCGUCGAGGAGCUAGCACGUGAAUGGGCGCCGGGCGUCGAGCUAUACAGCGUCAACGUGCCCAUGGUUGACAGCGUGACAACGUGUCCCGCUCGCUACACCAAGGUGGCAGCGAACCGUUGGAGCAAAGGGAGCCUGUUCGCGCCAGAGGAGAGCCAGGAGGAUGCCAAGGGGACACUUCGAUUCAGGUGGGCUCCCGACCUGGCUGACGUGCAUCGCUCCGCGGGGGUCAGUAAGGCAGGGGAGGAUUUAUGGUGCUCUCUGAAUGAGAGCAUCAGUGUGACGCCGCUCAAAGCUGACUUUGCCGUUGCUCCGACGCAGGGAGAGGCACCGCAAGGAUUACUGUUGCGGUAG